CUCUGAUCAACGACAGCGUCGAUAGGGAACCGCUACAGGUUACCAGCUGGGCGCUGAGCUCAUUUCCGCGUCACUUAUUUGCGGCGAUACCAAGAGAAGCUCCGCCUGCGGCUGCGGAGCCUGGACAGCUUUGCAAGGUCAGGGCUAGCUGCAAGCCUUUGUGAGCCGCGCGCCGCACACGAAUCGCCGCGCGCGCUGCACACGAGCCGCACGACUGCGCCGCCGCGCCGCAGCGCACCAACACGAUGCGCCGCGUCGCCAGCGCCCCGUCGGGCAACCUGCGGAGCGGCUCGUUGCUCCCUUUGCAGAGACGCGACUCGCCGCGGAUGAAGGCAACACCAAGCAGGUGGGCGCGGCUCUCGCGCCAGGCGCCGCGGUUGUGUGGUUUCCUGAUUGUCUUAUUAGUGAUAGCGCGGACCUUCGUGCUCCCGCAAGCCGUGCGCAGCGAGCGGAGCGAGCACCCCGAUGCCUUCCACAAUGCGGACAAAGUGAGCUGCCCCCGCUGGUACGACCAGUCCUCCGGCGCGACCAUCAAAUUACCAAGAGGCGACUGGAAGGUCGGCAAGCACCACCGGCCGCGCGUGUUUUUGUACAGCGUCUUUGGUUCUUCGUUGGAAUCCACUCGACUCGCGAAGCACUUCCUCGACUUUUAUGUGAGGAGGGCGGGCAUCGCACCGGAGCGGAUCCACGUCACGGUCCACGCGUCGCACGAGCACGACGAGCACGCCCAGACCCUACAGAAUCUAUUAGAUAAGAAUAGAGUGCACUACGACUUGUGGAUCGGCACGUUCACGUCCGAAACCAAAGCGUGGCAUCGGGACAAGCUCACGCAGAAGACGCUCGACAAGGACGACUGGUUAAUAGUCGCGGACGUCGACGAGUUGCACCAGUUCCCUGGAGUUCGAGCACAUGACGGCUCCGCGACGAUAGACACGCCGUCGGACGGCACGGCGCCCGUCGACGCCUUUUUGGCUCAUGUGGCCGAACGGGGCGCGAAUUACGUAUUGGCGGCGUGGGAGGACCGCGUCGCCGAGGGCGGCCACCUGAACCACAUCCAGGACAAAGUACCUCUAGAAAGGCAGUUUCCGUUGCGGUGCCGCAUGACGGAGUGGACGACGCCGGAAAAGACGUCGCUGAUCACGUCGUUUUUGCCGAAGGCCGAGGACCACAAGGUCAUCGCGUCGCGGAAUUACCUGAAGGUUCACAGGAGCGCGCAUAAAAUACGGUGGGCGUCGUACUGGGAGGCGAUCUUCACGUUCGGGCGCGUGUCGUGGCCGACCGUCUACGUACCUCGAAGUCACGGAGGGCCUUUUACCGCACCCGUCAGUGAAUCGGAGCCGAAAAUGAUCUUGAACUUGAUGCGGUCGCCUCGACGUCGUCGAUGCGGCCGCCAGAGAGCCCACGCGUCGUGUCGCGACGGCUUCUGCUCGCGGACGUCUUCGUGAAACGUGGGUCCACGCAGGUCAAGUCGCAGCACUACAAGUGGAUCGCUGGUUUAGUACCUUAUCUAGAUAGACGAGUGAGAGUAUAUGAGAAGUGCGGCCUGCUGUGGUCCUACGAGUCCGCUGCUGUUGUAGAUAGGUUAGAAUCGUACGGUGGUCGCGUGUGUGUGACGUGUGGCGAGUUGGCCUGUGCCCACGCUUCACCCGUAGAACGGAGGCGUGUCGCCAUCGUCACGUCCGUGUGGGACGAGCAUAUCGAUGGCGUGUCGAUCACGAUGAAUCGCGUCGCGACCUAUUUAGAACAGUCUCCCGUCGAGGAUGUAUUAGUAUUGACGCCGCACGACCCGCAAGUGCCCGAGCCCGCCGUGAAAGGUUUAGACAGAAUACCGAAAUUUAGUACCGGAAGUAUACCGGUCUUCGCUUUGAUUGGAAGGAACGACUACGUCAUGGGCGCGCCUCUCGCCAAGGCGUCGUCCGAUGUUCUGACGUCGUACGACCCCGACGUGGUGCAUCUCGUGUCACCGGACAUCCUUGGGUUCUCGGCGCAAAGGUGGGCGCGCGACAACGGGGUCUGCGCCGUAUGUACCUACCAUACGCAGAUCGACCGGUAUGUGCGCUUUUAUACCGCCAAGCAUUCCUUGUUGGACAAAUUACGGCCUAGAAUAGCCGUCCAGAAGCUGUUCUCGACGUUCUACGGCGGCUGUGACGUGGUAGCAGUCCCAAAUUCGGCCAUCGCCGAUAAGCUAGUGCUGAAGAUGGGCAUCCCCCGCGCGAAGAUCGGGCUGUUUCCGUAUUGUCGCGGCGUCUUGUUUUUGCUUCCGUGCGCGGCGAUGCCGUCGACGCGACGCCGCCGCGGUGGCGUAGGAGUACUCGAUCGUGACGAUCGCGGCGAUGGCGUGCGGUGGGCUUUACACCACCUCGACGCCAUCGAUGCGGCGGUGCGCAGAGAGAGGCGGGACUCGAACACAAAACCACCUCCACGCCAUCGUCGUGACGCCAUAAAUCACACAGGCGCGGCGUCAACGCGACGCAGUACAACCCCGGGAAGCGCUCGAAGGCACUAAGAGCGAAGUUCGGCGCGGACGACAGUAAUGUGGUCGUGCUCUGGGCCGCGCGCUUAGUUCCCGAGAAGGGCGCGGACCUCUUCGCGGACGCGUUCGUCGCCUUGUUCAACAACAAGACGCUGCUCGAGCACUACCCGGGCGUGAUAGAUAGGAUUCGGAUCGUGGUCGUCGGCUCGGGCCCGUCGCGGGCCCAGAUGGAGGCGGCGCUGCCGCCGGACCGGACGGUGUUCUUCGGGCAUCUCGUGGGCGACGAGCUGCGGGCCGCGUACGCGUCGUCGGACGUCUACUUCUUCCCGUCGCACACGGAGGCCUUCCCGAAUACGUUGCUCGAGGCCCAGGCGUCCGGAUUAGCUGUCUUGGCGCCGGCCUACUCCGUGAACCGAGCUCUGGUGCCGGCGGGCUCGGGCCAUCUGGUGGACGAGCACGCGGGGGCCGAGGAGUUCGCCGACGGGCUCUUCACGUUGUUGCGCGACCCGCGGUAUCGGAGGGCCAUCGGCAAGGAGGCCGUGCGGGUGGCGCGGAACCGGACGUGGGCGAAGGCUUUCGACGGGCUUACGACGUGCUACGAUCGGUGCAAGGCGCUGCGGCGGUAGCGUGUUCGCUUGGCGCGCCCCGCGAACUAAUUACUAUGAUUGUGAGGA